AUUCCAGCAGAUAACGCCGCGCGCAUUGUAGCAAAGUUCAACAAUGCUGAGAUAACCCCUCGCGCGACUCAUUCAUUUUUUUCUGCCGAUUUUGGCAGACGCCAAAUUUUCUUUAAUUACUUGUUGUGUCUCUCUUGUUUGGAGCGACUGACGCGUAAAAUAUUCCAACACGCUUUGUCGAAUUUUUCCACUUGCGCUGCUUGAAAUUCAAAAUCAAAUUUCUCUUACGAAUUGGCUCGAAACCUUUGUCCGAAUGAUGAGGCGAGUUUUGAAUUAAAUUCGAUUCGCCGGAAAAUUUGGCGUUGGGGUCGAGCUUUGAAUAAUAAAUAAAUUAUUGACCGCAGCACAUAAUCGGAAAGCGCCGGAAAAGAAAAUUCAUAGUGGGGCAGAUGCACACGCGCUUUAGAUAUAUUCUUGUUUAACAGCUUUUGAGGUUGUGAUGUGAUAACAAUUCAGUCUCUGCUCAGCAUCGCUGCUGAGAGCAACAAGUCCGAGAGACUUCUCAUUCGCUCAUUAUCGCGCGAGCCACAUCGCCGCACAAUUACCGAAUUAUGGUUCACGAUUCGCCGGAAAACAGCAAAGAGUUGAAUCGUUCGUCGCGGGGUGCAAGCAGCGAUGACGCGUCGACGGCCUCCGCAGAAGUGACCCAGAACUCGUCCCCGCUGCCGCCCCCGUCGCCCGUCAGCAGUCCGUCGCCCACCAUGCCCAGUUCGCUCCACGGCUCGCCCAGCCUCCACUUUUCCCCAGCACGCCACCAAGAAGGAGAUUGCGAGGGUUUGGCCCAGUCGUGGGCUGGGAGCACGAACGGCGGCGACCCUUGUCGAGGGGUGGCCGUGGCCGCCGCGUCCCCGCAGGAAAGUCGGCCGCACUCGCCGGCCAAGCAGCACAAGGAGUUCGCGCAGCCCUCGAGCAAGCAGUCGUACUCGCCGCGGCCCAACGGCCGGCUCACCAGCUUUUCACCCUCGGACGAAAACGCCGAGAAGCAGCGCUUGUCCAGCAGACACAGCCCGGUCGAAAUCACCAGGACCAACAGGGCCAGCAUCAUGAACGCCAACGCCACCGCCCUGUUCGACGGCGGAAUCAAAAAGGACCGCCAAAGGGCAGCAGCCCACGUGGUGCCGUCGUCGGUCGGCCAGCAAGAACCCGUGGCCACUUUCCACAUUCGCAGGCAGGACAUGCAGACGGCCGAGUCGCCGCACGUCGAGCAAAUGCCGCCCGCCCUCGGCAAAAGACCCAAUUCCAACAAAGUCGACGGCAGCAGCAGGUCGCCCAUGCAGUCUGCGUUUCACAGGAUUCAACACGAGGGCGGAAGCAAGGAAGAAAUCGAAGCCCUGCUCGAAGAUUUCCGCAAUCGAAGACCAGAAAUCAUUGAGGAGUUCCUACAUGUAGAGGGCAAUGCAAUUUUUAGUCGCGAACCGGCGACCGGCGGAAGCGAGGCGUUCGGCAUGGUGCGGCCGCCGCAGCAGUUCCAGCACGUGCGCGAGGCAGCCACGCAGGCCAGCGCCAUCGUGGCCGUGCCCAACCUGCAAGUGCCGUCGCCGGCCAAGCGGCCGCGCGUCACCUCGUCCAGCGUCGAGCACGCCAUCAACGAGCUUGGCCUCGACCAGUACUUGCAGCCCUCGGGCAGCCAGCGCAACCAGGUCAUCGACAUCACCGACUCCACCGAAGACGCAAAAUCGGCCGCGAUGAAAUAUUUGCCUUUGGGGAUCGUGAGCGACGUUUUGAAGAAACUUUUGGACAUUCAGAAGAAAAUUCCGCUGGCCAUCAAAGAAGUGCAGAGGGCACAAGCGCAACUGGCCGCCGCCCAAAAGCAUUUGUCCAGAAACAACGGCACCGCCAUCGUGUCCCCCCAGCGCGACGAAUUUGAAAUCGCCCACAACGAACACCAGCUCUACCGAAUUCAGCAGUCAUCGAUGGUGCCGACGUCGCUGCUGAGCCGGAUGGAGAACGAUUCGGGCCAAAGAAAGCAGAACGGCGAACCGAGCAAGGCGUUGACGCCCGUUUCGUCGAGCAGCAACGGCCAGGUGGCGGCCGAGUUCCAGGUGUUGGCCGCCAUGGGGCUGCAGAGGGACGCGACGGGGCCCAUGGACCUGACGAGCAGCAGGACGCCGAUGCUGGUGCCGGCGCCGCCGCACCACCAACCGCCUAGGGCCUUCCACGCCUACCAGCACCAAGGUCACCAGCACGAGAACCAGUCGCGCGGCGGCAGCUACAGGUCGGUGGGCAGGUCGCACCAGGUGCACAGGUACAACCCUGCGGUGGAGCGAGUGUCGCCCCCGGUCACGGUGGAACGGGUGCGACGCAGCAGCAUCCACUCGCCGCCCCUCCUCAACAGACAGGCCAACCUUUUGCCUCAGCACUACCGCCGCGAGCAGCUCAUCACUGAGGGUCUUUUGUCAGAGAGGAUGAGGUUCAGCGCAGCUCACCAGCAGCAGCAGCAGCAGCAGCAACAACAACAACAGCACCACCGGCCUUCAAACCAAGCGACCAUCACGGUGGUGCCGCUGCCGCAAGCACCCCCGCCGCGCCACCUACCCCACUCAAACGAACACCUCAAAGUCCAGCAGCACCAGCAGCAGCAACGCAAGCCGAGUUCGUCGACCGGACACUGUCUGCAGUGCCAGCGCGCGUCCGGCUUUGUCUGCUCGUCAUGCAAGACGGCCACGUACUGCAGCCGCGACUGCCAGAACCAGCACUGGCCCAAGCACGAGCAAGAGUGCAUGCGAUUGAUUUCCAAAGACAUGCUGUCUGCCGGUAGUUCAGUAGUUGCACGAUCCAAUCAGUAAAUUUGCACAAAUGCAAUCAUCUGUGUUUUUGGUAUUGUUCUACAUACAAAAGUAGCAAAUGUUUGUUUUGCGCUCUGCCAUCGUUGGACACACAUUUUGACUGCAGCAAGCUUUUCUUUAAUUGUUAAUUGCAAUGCUUAUGAUUUGUAGGGGGAGAAAGUAAAUUUAAUAUUUGAUAUGAAAGAUAGUUUUAAAAGUCAUAGUGUUAAUAAUUACUACCUGCUUUGUUUCUUGCAAAUUGAAUUAAUUAAAUGAACAAAUUAUUUCUCGUUAAAAAACAGUGCAUUUUUUUCUUUAAAUGU